AUAUUACUCCGUCAUAUUCACAACCAAAAUCUCCCAUUAACCAAAGCAAAAGGCCACAAAGUAUCUGUUGAAAGAAAACAGAGAAUGUCUUCCCUUAGGUCAAGAACCACCAAUGACCCAGCGGACCAGCAACAAGAGUUAAUGCCCGAGCCGGGACCGAACCCUCAGGCUCAGCCCCAGCUCAAGAGACAACGAUCGAUGUCUCAACGAGCCAUGUCUCAGACUUUGACCAUGGCGGCUAACCUAGCCAACCUCCUCCCCACCGGAACCCUGCUCGCCUUUCAGCUCCUCACCCCAGCUUUCACCUCAAACGGCGUCUGUGACAUGACCACUCGUGCUUGUACCGCAGUGCUCCUCGCCCUCCUCGCCCUCUCCUGUUUCCUCACCUCGUUCACCGACAGUGUCAAGGCCGACGACGGUAACGUUUAUUACGGUUUCGUCACUCGCCGUGGCAUGUGGAUGUUCGAUUAUCCGGACCCAUCCGGUGCGGGUUUACCCGAUCUUUCCAAAUAUCGUAUCCGAGCCAUGGAUUGGAUCCAUGCCGUGCUCUCUGUUCUUGUCUUUGGAGCCGUGGCUUUGAGAGACAACAACGUUUUGAGUUGCUUUUACCCGUCGCCGGAGAGUCAGACAAAGGAGGUUUUGGACAUUGUUCCGAUGGGUGUUGGUGUCGUUUGUAGCUUGCUGUUCUCUGUUUUUCCGUCGAAAAGACACGGUAUCGGGUUCCCCGUCACCGGAAGCAGAGAUCGUCGGGGAGAUUGAUCAAUUUUUUUAAAAAAAUGAAAAUGUUUUUUUUGGUUUCGUGCUUUGGGGGUAAUGUGACGGUUGACUUUGAAGAUUAGUUCAUGUGUUGAUUUCUUCUACGGUGAGUGUUUGUAAUAAAAUAUUGAUUUUAUUGUCACUUGGGUUAAAAGUUUAAGGAAAAACCACACGAUUCUAAAGUUUUGUUUUCUUUUUGUCAAUUUUUCAGAUAUUAUCUAUGAGAU